AGAGCAGGGGGAUGAGGCCUGGGCCGGGGGUUCCCGGCGUCCUAAAUCCCUUCCACUGCUGGAGGGAGUUUACUGAGAUCAUCUCGGAGUUAGAGAGAGGGAGAUCCCAGGACUGGGCUCAUCUCCUUCCUUCCCCCACCCCUUUACGCUCCAGGAGAUCCGGAACUCGGACCCCUUUGGAGGGUGUGUGUGUGUACUCGGAGGAUGCAGCCAUGCGGCCUCCCUUGGCAGCUGAGGAAGAGGAGGACGUGGGCUCUGAGGAGGAGGAGUUAUGGGAGAAGAUCGAGGGUGUCCGGCACAAGCUGACUCGUGCCCUGAACCCUGCCAAGCUCACCCCGUAUCUGCGCCAGUGUCGAGUGAUCGAUGAGCAAGAUGAAGAGGAGGUGCUGAGCACCUAUGGUUUUCCCUGCAGGGUCAACCGGACUGGGCGACUGAUGGAUAUCUUGAGAUGUCGAGGCAGGAGGGGCUAUGAGGCUUUCCUGGAGUCCUUGGAAUUCUAUUACCCAGAGCACUUCACCCUGCUGACUGGGAGGGAACCUGCUCAGCGCUGCUCCAUGAUUCUGGAUGAGGAGGGUCCUGAAGGCCUGACCCAGUUCCUGAUGACAGAAGUGAGGAGGCUGCGGGAGCAACGCAAGGCUCAGCUACAGAGGGAGCAGCAGCUGCAGGCCCAGACCCGGGCCCUGGAGGAGGAGCGGGCCACAUUGGAACGCAAGCUAGGGGAGCAGCUGCAGGCCCAAGAACGGUGUCAGCGACUCCGGGAGGAUUGGGAAUCUGGCAGCCUGGAGCUUCUGAGGCUCAAGGAGGAGAACUACAUGAUAGCCAUGCGCCUGGCACAGUUGAGUGAAGAAAAGAACACAGCUGUCCUGCGCAGCCGAGACCUGCAGCUAAUGGUAGACCAGCUUCGAUGCAAGGUGAGCCGGCUGGAGGAAGAGUGUUCCAUGCUCCGGGGACAAGCCAGGAGCCCAGCCCCUUCAGUUCAGGAGGCAGAGGAGAAGGAGCCUGAGGUGCCCGACCUUAUUUCCGAGCUGCAGGCGGAGAAUCAGAGACUGGCCACUUCCCUUCGAGAGCUUCAGGAAGGCCUAAAGCAGGAGCCUGGCUCAGAACAGAUCAUCUUGGACAUCUUAGAACAUGACUGGAAGGAAGCUCAGGAUGACCGACAGGAGCUCUGUCAGAAGCUUCAUGAUGUUCAGGGUGAGCUCCAGUGGGCUGAGCAGCUUCGGGACAAGUAUCUACAGGAGAUGGAAGACCUGCAGCUCAAACAUCGGACCCUGCAAAAAGACUGUGGCCUCUAUAAACACCGCAUGGCCACUGUCUUGGUGCAGCUAGAGGAGAUUGAGAAGGAGAGGGACCAGGCCAUCCAGAGCCGGGACCACGUUCAACUCCAGUAUUCCAAGAGUCUGGUUGAGAAGGACCAAUAUCGGAAGCAGGUGCGAGGCCUGGAGGCGGAAAGGGAUGAGCUGCUGACCACGGUCACCCGGCUGGAGGGGGCCAAAGGCUUACUGGAAGCCCAGCUCCAGCGGGCCCAGGGCUGUGUUGGCAUGAAGGCCUGCAACUCUUCCCACUCUCUGUGUUCCAACGUCAGCAGCACGUGGAGCCUGAGCGAGUGCCCCUCUCUGCUGGGGGGUCCGGACAUGACUGGAGAGACCACCACUUCAGGAGGAUCUGAGCCCCGUGCAUUGGAGGAGUCCGUGGAUAGUGAGAAGGAAAUCAACCGUCUUUCGAUCCUCCCCUUCCCCCCUAGCGCUGGCUCCAUCCACCGGCGGCAGCGAGAGGAGGACCCGGCCCCCCCCAAGAGGUCCUUCAGCAGCACAUCCGACAUACCAGGGAGCGUCACCCUCAAGACGUGGUCUCCUGGGCUUUCCUCCUCCUCUUCCUCAGACGUCCUGUGGUCCACAGGGAAGACAGAUACCAUGGUUCCCCGGGGUUGUGCCUCUGAGCUGCUGUCGAGGAAGCUGGCCCAAGAUUUAGAUUCAGAGUGGUUCUCUAAAUGUCUUCUUCUUGGGCCAGUCUGCCCAUCCCCCAGGGAAUACUCUGACUCCACGUGCAAGAAGGGAUCUUCAGGAGCCGGUUCCUUCUACGUCCGAGCCAACUAUCCGUUGCCUGAGCAGGCUGACCCCCGGGCUCUGUGUGUGAAAGGACAGGAGAUCCUGCGUGUGGUAGAUCCCGCCUACAAGGGUCGGCCCGAGUGGUACUGUGCCCGAGUGGACCCACUCACCCUUCGAGACCUGGACAGAGGCACAGUGCCCAACUUCCGGAGAGCCCAGCAGCUCCUGGAGGCCCAGGACAAGUACCCACACUAUGGCCGCUCCAGGAAUCACCGAAGUAAUCUAAAGAAGCGUGCCCUAGACCAGCUACGCUUGGUGAAGCCCAGACUCUCGGGGGGGCCAGGCGAUCCCCAGGAGCAACUGCUGCUAGACCCCUGCCCAGAUCCUGACCGGAACGCCAAGCCCUAUAGCUUGGUCCGGCCCCUGCUCGUGUCCUCACUCCGGCCUGUGGUGCUGUCCCCCGAGUGCCUGGCCUCCCGCUUAAUCCGAAACCUGCUGGACCUGCCUUCUUCCCGCCUGGACUUCCAUGUGUGCCCAGCAGAGAGCCUCACUGGAGAGGAGCAGCUGGUCCCCGCGGCCCCGGGCGCCCCCUCGGCUCGGCCUGUCCCUCAGGGCCUGGGCGUGAGGAUCCGGACCAUCCAGGAGUCUAUCGGCAAGAACAAACACUGCUUGCUAGAGCUGAGCCCCCAGAGCGUGAGGGAGUUGGUGAGGAGUGAGAUCUACCCUAUUGUCAUCCAUGUGGACGUGACCGAAAAGAAUGUUCGGGAAAUCAGGAGUUUGCUGGGCCGGCCAGGUUGGCGAGACUCGGAGCUCCUGAGGCAGUGCCGAGGCCUAGAGCAUUUGCUGUGGGACCUGCCAUGCUCCUGGGCACGGGUGGACACACACGCCUGGGCCCACGCCGAAGAACUAGCCAAGGUGGUCCGGGGCCGUAUUCUCCAGGAGCAGGCCCGGACAGUGUGGGUGGAAUGUGGUGAGAUCUGAUGGCUGCCGCCAUUGGGGCUGGGGGCCCAGCUGGUCUGGGGCUUCCUGCUUUGGGGCAGGCAAGCCUUCCCUGCCCCCCAGGCCCACCUCUGCUCCCCUUGGCACGCUCCUUCUCCAAGCACUUUGAAAAUGGUGCCAGCCUCCCUCUCUGUGGGAGGUGGUCCCUGGCUGCCCGUUUGGGAAGACUGACUGCUCUCUGGCCGCUGGGACGUGGGUGGAUCUCCGCAGGUGACUCUCCUGUUCUGCUCCGCCUGGCAACAUGGUUGGGAGUUCCGAGACAAGAGUCCAAGUGACUUGCUCAGGGUCAACCAGCUAGCAAGUGUCUGAGUCUGGAUUCUCUGCCUGGGUCUUCCAAGCCCAGAAUUAUCUCCAUUAUUAAGCAGGGACUAUUUUUUGCCCUUCUAUGCACAGGGGUCCUUCCUUCCUUCCUUCCUUCCUUCCUUCCUUCCUUCCUUCCUUCCUUCCUUCCUUCCUUCCUUCCUUCCUUCCUUCCUUCCUUCCUUCCUUCCUUCCUUCCUUCCUUCCUUCCUUCCUUCCUUCCUUCCUUCCUUCCUUCCUUCCUUCCUUCCUUCCUCUCUCUCUCUCUCUCUCUCUCUCUCUCUCUCUCUCUCUCUCUCUCUCUCUCUCCCUCCCUCUCUCUCUCUCUCUCCUUUUCUCUUCUCUUCAGCUCUUACCUUCUGUCUUGGAAUCGAUGCUAAGUGCUGGUUCCAGGGCAGAGGAGGGGGGAGGGACUGGGCCAUAGGGGUUAAGACAGGCUCUCCUGCUUGCCUCCAGCCCUAGCUCUCUACCCUCAGAAUUGAGGGUAUCUCCCCACACACAGGCGAGAUCUCUGGAGAGAUUUCAGGGGGUCUGUGAAUGUGGAUGGGGAAAAUGCCAGCUUUCCUUUAAUCUUCCAACCUCAACUUUGGAUUUCCUUCAACCAUGAAUGUAUCCCACAAAGCACGAUCCUGAGGAGGGUCCCCCAGACUUUUGCUUGUGCAGUCCGGGUCCCAAAGUGAAGAAGCCCUGACACCAGGGGCUGCAGGUCCGGCUGCCAUUCCUUCUGUGUGCCCCCUCAUUCUAUCUCUUGGGAUGGAGGGAUGCUCUCAUACACAUGCCUUCUGUGCGUACAUGGUCUCCCUCAUCCACAUAGUUUUCACAUGUGUGCCCACGAGUACGCACAGUGGCACAGGACAGAGCAGCCACACGAUCAUGACCUUGACAUGUUUGCAAACACGCAUGACUGCACAUGACUAUAUUACAUGUGAUUCUGUGCCCAUCUUCUCAUUCAGGUGCAAAUACAUCAUAGCAAGGGGGCUGGAAGGGACUUCAGAGCCAUUGAUCCCAGCCUCCCUCCCCCAUUUUUCAGAUAAGGAAAAAAUCCCCGGGAGAGGGAGGGACUUUCUGAAGGGCAGGAUUUGAGCCCAGGUUCUCUGGGUCCAAUUCCAGAUUUCCUUCUACUGUACCACAUUGUUAUUAUGUCAUCUGUGCCUACCAUGUAAUACGUUGGUGACCUGUGCAUGUGUGCCCCAUGUGAACCUGUGUGCUCUUGUAUGCACUUGCUCUCAUUGGUGCUCAGACACAGUCAUCUGUGCUUGUGUUACAUGUUACAUACAUGCAUGUCUUUACCAUCUAGCAUGUGUGUAAACAGCCAGGUACGCUCUCCCCAGCCCUUGCUGUUUACCGAUGCUCAUGUAUAUCUCCGUGUUCCCAUAUGGGAUCACAUUUUCACGCUCUUACAUGCAGUGUCACCCCAGCUUUUGCACACGUGUGUGUCUGCACAUACCUCGGUCUCCCCUUCGUGAGUCUGAAUGGAAGCUGCAGAAACUUCUGUGGCUGGGCUAGAACUGGAGAGUGUAAUGUGUAUAAAUUAUUAAGAGCUUCUUUUUAUUAGGAAUCUGGUGUACAAAGAAGAAAAUUAAAUGCCAUUUGUAACAGAA